AUGCCCUCGUGGAUCCAACACCCCUACCCCCACGUCCAAGACAGCAUCAUUAACUUCCCCCGCAAAAACAUCCUCCAAGUCACCCUCAACCGCCCAGAACAUCGCAACUGCCUCCCUAUAGAGGCAACCAUUGAACUUGGAGCCUUGUGGAAAUGGUACGACGCUGAGCCGGAGCUGCGAUGCGCGGUCCUUACAGAUGCUGGCGACAAGGCGUUUUGCUCGGGGAUGGAUUUGAAGGAGAGGCUUGGCAUGGUCAAGUCGAAGGAUGUUUCGCUUGAGUUUCCUUCGGGCGGCUUUGCUGGGAUGACGAAUCGGACAGGCAGGAAGCCCAUUAUUGUUGCCUGCAACGGCCAUGCGCAUGGUGGUGGCUUUGAGAUCGUCUUGAAUGCCGAUGUCAUCUUUGCCUCUCCCAACGCAACAUUUCGGCUGCCAGAAGUCCUCCGAGGCGUCUCUGCUCUUGCAGGAGCGUUACCCCGAGCAAUGCUUCUCUUUGGCAACCACCGGUGCAUGGAUCUCAUCCUCACUGGUCGGGUGUUAGGCGUCGAGGAAGCAGUUCAAUGGGGUCUUGUCAAGGAGAUUGUGCCCCAAGACAAGCUUCUAGAAAGGGCCUUGGACUAUGCAAGUGAGAUUGCCAGUCACAGUCCCGAUAGCGUCAUCAUCUCAAGGUUGGCCGCGAGAGAGGUGUGGGAGACGGGUGUGAGUCGAGCGACCAUGAGGGGCCAAGAGCUCUGGGGCGAGGCAAUGCUGCGAAGCAAGAAUGCGAGUGAGGGUUUAGCAGCAUAUAAAGAGAAGAGAGACCCAAAGUGGUUUCCUUCACAUAUUUAG